UCUUUUGGAGGGGGGAGACACUAAGCAAAAAUUGUUAGUCGAAUUCAGUCGAGAGUCAAGUAACGAUCGGUCCGCGUGUGCGUCCUGCCGCGUCCUCCCACGCUUCUUCAUUCGCCGUUUUUCGUUUCCCAAGCCGAAGAGGAAGAACAUUUUCGGUCGGCAAUUGUGGAAAUUCCGUUUCUCUCAUCAUCCAACACGAGUGCAUUUCGGGUCAUUCGUUAAACAGAAAAGUUCAAACCCAAAAAAGAAAAAAGAAACGUACAACAACAACAACGAUGGUGAUUCAUCCGUCCGGCAGCCGGGAGUGAUUUGUAUAAAUUUCCAUCUCGAAAACAUUCCAAGGCCGUUUGAAAAAAAAAAAAAAAAAGAAGGGGAGAAAAUACGAAAAAUUCUCUUUGUGAUUUUUUAACUGCGACCAUUCUUCUUUUUUCCCCGCCAUUGGGAGGCUCGUCGUGCGAAAAAAAGCAACAAGUUCUGAGUGAGAAAUGGCUUCUCCAUUAAUUAUUCAUGCCCACCACCGAUGGUGUUUCUUGUUGCUGAUUUCCUUCGUCUUGGUCAACGCUUCUUUGCCGACAUCACCCAGUAACAACAACGUGACCUGUUCAUCAGUUCGUUCGGCCUAUCGGGCCAGAGGAUUGCCAGACCGAGACGUGCCACAAUCCAAUUUACCCAUCCCAGCAGGAAGUCAUCAGUUGCGGUUUUGCGGAUCGAGAAGCGGCAGCGCAGCGGCGGGAUCAUCGCAACCGACAUGUUGCACCGAGGCCAUGGAGAACCGGCUGAACGACGCCAGCCGGCAGCAGUACGAGCUGGUGGUGCGAGACGCCUCUUCUUCUCUGUCGGCCACCUUCGCCGCCCGAGCCAAGAAAUUUGACGAAUUCUUCCGUGAGCUGUUGGAGAACUCUAAACGCGAUUUCCACGACAUGUUCAAACGGACUUAUGGCAUCCUCUACGAGCAGAACAGCGAAGUCUUCACCGACCUCUUCCGCGACCUGGAAGACUACUACGCUCGAGGCAAACUCGACCUGGAAGAAGCCAUGGAUCACUUCUUUACCGCCCUCUACCAGCGCAUGUUUACCGUUCUGAACGCCCAAUUUCGAUUCGACGACAAGUAUUUGAUCUGCGUCAACACGCACAUGAAGGAGUUGAAGCCAUUCGGCGACGUACCCAAAAAGUUAUCGGUGCAAGUCAAGCGCUCGUUCGUCGCCACCAGGACGUUCACGCAAGCGCUCAAUGUCGGACGAGACGUCAUCGCAAAGAUGCAAUCGUUGGAAGCUAGUGGCGACUGCAUGCGCGCCGUGAUGCGAAUGUCCAUGUGCCCCGUUUGCCAAGGUCUCGGCGAGGUCAAACCGUGCGGUCAUUACUGCCUCAACGUCUUUAAAGGCUGUCUGGCGUAUCACGCCGAUCUCGGAGUCGAGUGGGACAACUAUGUCGGUACGUUUUUUUUAUUUUUCCACCGGUCCCAGACAACUACUCUCUCCUGCCUGUCUCUUUUGAUUUUCUCCAUCGCCCAGCCAGAUCUCUUUUUUGACGUUUCAAUUCUUCAUCUUUUGUGUGUGUGUGUGUGCUAUGCAGAUGCUCUGAUGAAAGUGGCCGAUCGACUUUUGGGACCUUUCAACAUCGAACUGGUUGUCGAUCCGAUCGAUAUCAAAAUCUCUGACGCCAUUAUGAAUUUCCAGGAGAACGGCUACGAGAUUUCUCAAAAGGUGUUUAAGGGAUGCGGACAACCGCGGCUGGGCAAACGCAGUGCAACCACCUCCGAGAUCAAUUUCGAGAGCGUGAAAUUUGAUCGGGCCGGCAGUGGUGGCACUGGAACUGGUGGCGCCAACGUUCGUCCCACUACGGCAGCUGGCACGUCACUCGAUCGCCUCGUUCGUGACAUUAAACAGAAGGUCAAAUCUAGUCGAGGUUAUUGGUCCAAGCUGCCGCAGACUGUCUGCGCCCACGAGAAACUGGCCCCGCUGGCCGGCAGUGCCGAUGGAGACUGCUGGAAUGGAAGCGAAAGAGCUCGAUAUUCCGCUGCUUUGAUGGCCGACGGUGUAGCUGCUCAGGCGGGCAAUCCCGAAGUGACGCUGGACGCCAGUCGACCCAAUACUCUUGUCAAUGAUCAAAUUUUCACGCUGCGACUGAUAACCAACAAAUUGGAGAACGCGUACAACGGAAUGGAUGUCGAAUGGGACGAUUCCGUCUCCAAUGGCAGCGGAAGUGGAAGCGGCUCUGGUGAUGGAGCCGGAUCGAUGGAAGAGGACGACGACGAGGACCGUGAGCGGGGUAAGCACCCCAGCAACGGUCACAACACGAACAAUGCCAACCGCGGAGGCGGCGGCGGCGGAGGCGGUUCGGUGUCUGGAAUCGAUUCCAACCGACAGCAGCCCAAAAGCAAACCCAAAAACUACGACGGCAUUCCUCGAAACAAUGUCGGCAAUUCCGAAGACGAGGAUGAAGACGAGGACGACGACGAUAUUGAAUUCACGCCGGGCGGAACUGCUCCCAAACCGGAGAAUAAGAUUCCGACCGCUUCGUCUGCUCCCCCGGCCGAUAGCACUCAACAGUCGCUGAGCCCCAACAAAGCCCUGACCAGUUAUCUCGUGCCUAUUGUCGUCAUGUGGCUCGGUAACAUGUUUUAAAAUGUUUCACGACACACACAUUUUUUAUUUUUAUUUUUUGGGGGGUUUCCGCAUGCUUGUGAUCGUUUUUAUUGUUUUUUAAUUCCUCACUCGCCUCCUUUUUUUAUUCUUUUGGAGCCAAAGCCAAGCCACAGGUAUACAUUUAUAAAUAUAUAAAUAAGUUCAGGGCGAUAGACAAAAGUUAGCGCCUUGGAGACAGCGACGGAAACUUCUUCACUCGGGCACCUUCCUCCUUCCCUCAUUGGCUUCUUUCAAUCCUUUCACUUUGUACAUUUUUUGAGAAAAACAACAACAAAUUCCCCUGUAGGUUUUGCACGGACAAAAAUCCACAUCCUCCCCGUAAUAGUUUAUUUAAUCUCCCGUAAUUAAUGAUCGUACUUUUUUAAACUCUGAAAUCAGCUAGCUUAAUAUUUCAAUGCCCCCCCCCCCCACCACCAAUCGCAGGACGGUUCCACAUCUGUGGCCAGGAAUAUUUAAAAAUGAAAUGUGGACGCGACGUAACGUUAGAUAAGAGGAGCAAAGACAAUAAUGGAAAAAAAUGGCGCCUAGUUCUCUAGUCACGGCCAAACGAAACAAGUAAAAAAGGUGAGAAGAGAAGCAACAGAAGGAAUCGAGAGCUUGGCAGAUUGCGAGUCGCAUGUGUGUAACUUCUCCCCCUCCUUUAAUAUAUUUUUUCUUGGAUUUCUUUGGAAAAAAACAAGAAGAAAAAAAAAAUCCCGCAUCUCACUCGGCACUGAGGCGGCGUGUGAAAGGAAAAAAGAUUUUCACAAGUAUACAAUUCGGUUGACGAUCGCCAUCUGUUGCAAGUUUAUUGCGCGCACAGUACAGAGAUGUUCACCGCCAUUGACCUUCUUUUUUUUUUAUUAUUAUACAUAAAUAACAAGAAAUGUUUCCUCAUCUAUUUCAACUCCUUUUAAAAAUCGAGAAAGAAAAUCAAGUAAAAAGAAAAUUGAUGUGUUUGUACUUGUAUAUAAGUGAGUUGAAUUGAAAUCGACUCUUGAAGUGCACCGUUGUCGUGUCUGUGUCAUUUUUGUGAACUUGUCUUGAAACCAACAAAAGAAAGCAAAACAAAAAAACAAACAAGUUCCAACGUGUGUGAUGGUCAUGUUUCACUCCACUCUCCAUAACCACAAUGUCGUGCGGUUUUUACUUCACUUUAUUAUUUUUCAUUUUUUUUUUCGUGUCCGAUUAAAGGCGUGCCAAUUUAUUAUUUCACAUUCUGAGUCUUGUACAUAUAUCAACAUUACACCCCCUUGCCCGCCUAUUACAUUAUUCCCAACUCUUCUCUGCAGGUCCCACGUCGUAAAAACACACACACACAUAACUUUUGAUGGAUGCAUUAUAAAAUCGACAUAUUGUGAAUAAAUAAUUUCAACGACA